CCGUCGGCCAUCACCUCGCAGCUGGACAAAGCGUCCAUCAUCCGCCUCACCACGAGCUACCUGAAGAUGCGCGCCGUCUUCCCCGAAGGACUGAAAAAUGUGCCAGUGGGCCAGGGGCGCUGGGACCCGCGGUGCGGAAGACUCGGAACAGGAAGAAAUAGUGGCGCGCUGGGUGGGCUGCCCCGCCGCCCACGCGGGUUGCCGCUGGUGACAGUGGCUGCCCGGCCAGGCACCUCCGAGCAGCAGGUCUGAGCGUUUUUGGCGUCCCAAGCGUUCCGGGCCGCGUCUUCCAGAGCCUCUGCUCCCAGCGGGGUCGCUGCGGCCUGGCCCGAAGGAUUUGACUCUUUGCUGGGAGGCGCGCUGCUCAGGGCUCUGGUGGGUCCUCUGGGCCCAGGAGCUGGGAGGGCUGCGCCGGCCUCUGGAGCCCCGGGAGCCAGUGCCGAGGUAGGGAGACAACUUCCGCCGCAGGGCGCCGGACGGUCGGGGCAGAGCAGGCGACAGGUGUCCCUAGGCCGCAGGGCGCUUCCAUAGCGCCAUCCCCACCAGGCACUCUACUCGAAAUCGGAAAGCUCGACCUUUUGCAUUCGCCGCUGCCAAGCCUGUUAUUUGUGCUGGGCGCUGGGUCUGGAGCUGCGCUUCUCGGCGCUUCCCCGGUGGAGCGCAGAGGGCUGGUCUGCAAGCGCGGCCUCCAGCCCCGCGGCUCCCCGGCCCAGGAGCCAGGCGCGGGCUGACCCGGGAGCACCCGGCAGCGGAGGGGGCUGGAAGCGGACCCUAGGCCUCUCCUGUGCCACCCGGCCCUACCGCGCGGCCGCGGGGCGCUCUCCUCUCGGGCGCAGCGGUCCUUCAGCCCGGCGCAGGUUCCUCCCUUUCCUACUCGGAACGUGGCAGAUACCCCAGUCCCAGCCCCUCCAGCUGAGAGCUGUUGCCCAAGGUCGUCGCUACUUGUCUGCUCAAGGGUGACCCCUUGUCAGAGAACUAGGGAUGAUUCCACUCCGGUUGAUGUUUCAGGGGAAAUUAAAAGAACAUUCGGUUUUAUGAGUCUCCUUCCGGGGAGGCGUGGUGGUAACUGGUUUGCUGGGAAGAGCCGUUCCUUAACCGCAUGCAACAAAGCAGGUGUGGAAUCCGGAAGAGAGGGCACUCACUGCCUUCUGUCCCCUUUGGAAAUAGAAAAAGCCUUCGAAGCAACAAUCCAAAGAUUAAAUGAUUUGCGGUCAAUGAUUUCAAUUAGUAAGGGAGGGCCGAGAAAACACGGCUGCUCAAAAGCUGUUCGCUGUUUGAGGGAUUUCCCGGAGAGCCUGUUAAAAGCUGCGAAGUGGUGGGUGUACCGCUCAGCCACCUUUAAACCGGCUCUGUGCGUUCUGGCUCUGGAAAGCAAGUCUCCAGGCAUCUGGGCUCAGAAUUGCUGGGCCCCGAGUUUGGGCGGGGGUGGUCCCUCUGGGGGUCAGGCCUUGAGCAGCUUGCACUGGUGGCAGGUUUGGGAGCAGUUGAGGGGCUUCCUGUGUGUCUUUUGGGGGGUGACCCUGGAAGUUGGCACUCUGGAAGGGAGCUGUUUGGCCCUAGAGUUUUGGAAAGGGCCCUGAACCUGUUUGGUCCCCCUCGGAAAGGGAAGGGAGCAGUGGCUUAGUCCCUCCCUCCUCCAUUCGUGCAAUGCCUGGGGUAGGGGUAGACCUGGAGUGGGUGGACUCAUAUCCUUGGAAUUCGUCAGGACAGCUGCUCCGGGGCCUUGGCCCUCAGUCAGUCUGGGGCUAAGGAGUAGGGAAGCUGGGAGCUUGGGGCAGAGGAAGAAGAUGCAUUUAGAAAGACCUCCAUUAUGCAAACUGGAGUCCAUUUAUGCAAACUAGUCACCCUUCCAGUAGCUCCAAAGAGUGGCAGUGGAGUGGCAUCUUGAUUGAUUUAACCUCUUCUCAGGGGACCUGGGUCUGCGAGGGAGGAUAUGGCUGCGGGGUUGGAAUAGGAUCUGUCUGAGCUGCCAGGGUCAGGGUGGUGGCCCUAGGGAGGUUUUAGGGCCAGGGUGGUCCCGGGCUGUGGCAGGGGCUCUCAGAUCGCCUCGGGCUCUCAGCUGCAAGGUGAAAAAUACCAUGAGGAAUUGAUCCGCCAAGGGCGGUCUUGUCUCAAAGCAAGUGGAUUGCUGGGGUAAAGAAUCUAGAGACCAGCUUAGGACUCUGGGAGAAAAAAAAAAAAAAAAGAAUAGCAUAGUCCUAAAGAACUGCAAGGAUCACCAGAUUAACCCUUCAUACCUGGGGAAAUUAAGGCCAGACAUGACACAGGCCUUUCCCAGUGCUCCGUAGCAAGGGCAAUAGCAGGCCAGUUGCUGCCACCGCGGUCCUGUGGGGCAUGUUCUCACUCCACUGCACCCAGGAGGCUGCCAGCCUCUGUUCCUUUUAACAUAGAUCUCCUCAGUUGUUAAGACAGAAAGAGGAACUCAGAGGGGUCCCUGUGUGCAAGGCAGAGGGAGACCACCAGAACCAGGGUAAGCACCCCACUUGGUAGCCAGUUCAAGGACUUGGGGAUGUUUUCAACAUUUACAGCGAGGUUUGAGGCCCCAUUGUCAUGCUGCGCUACUCGGCCUUGGUCUCCUUAUCUGUAAAAUGGGCCCAUUAGCAAUGCACAGGGUUGCUGUGAUGAAGGGUGAGGUCCCACAAGCAAAAGCUGUGCAGUGAGGGGGGAAUCCUAAGCAUUGUUCCUAUGCCAUUCACCCCUUUCUGUGAGCUCCCCAUAUUCCCUGGCUCAAAGGAGUCUUGAAUGGCAGGGAUGGAGGACUCACUGCCUGGACUUUGAAGACCCCUGCUUUCUGGGUGACCACCUUUUCUCCCCUUUGACAGUGAACUAAUAAAUUGGAGGUAGAUAGUGCUGGGAAGAGGACAGGAGAGCAAGGCUGACUUUGGACAUGGGCUCGAAAUUGAGAACUUGAUGAGUCUUGGAGGGUGGUUAAGAUAAGCUCGGGGCUGGGGCAGCGCUGAGGUCUGAUGGUCAGCCGGCCCUCCCCAAAGUGUAGCCCUCCGUUCUGGAGAUAGGGGCUUUGGAAACUGCGAAAGCAUCCUGGCAGGCCAGCUCUGGUUGCUCCCUGGCCAUAGCUGCUCUGACUACAGGCAGCAGGACGCAGGUCAGCCUCUGCCCAUCAGAGGUCAGAGGCAGGGCCUCCAGCACCAGACUCAGCAGUGCCACUGCAAACCUGGCACAACAGACUGGUUCCAGGACUCAGCUCAGUAGUGAAGUUGGAAACCAAGGUUGAGUCUCCCCAUCUCCCUUUCCCCAACCCGAAAGACCCAACAUGGGUGUGGGUGAAAGAGGGAGAAGGAAUUGCUACUCCAGCAACUGUCAUUUGCCCACACGAAACGAGGUGGGGUUCAAGGUCUGAACUCUUCCAGUGCCUGGGUGCCUUUGGGUUUAAAUUCAGCUGCAGGUGCCCCCAUCACCACUUCCACCUGAGCACGCCACGAGAAGCCAGGUUAUCUUAGAAAUUGUUUCCCGGAAUCAAAGCGACUUGAUUUGGAGAGUUGGGUGAGGAGAAACUCACCCCUAUACCCCUCAGGGCGUCAGAGAUGUGAGGCAAUUCUCUACCUCCGCUGGAAAAAAUGCAGAUUUAUUAAAGGUCGGCUGUUUAAGAACAACGUAGAUUUUUUACAACGCUUUCCCCGUCUCUGCUUUGAAGCCUGCCAGGCUGCAGCUGGGGAUCCAGGAGGGAAAGCCCACAGGCGCAGAGGGGACAAUCCGGGAAGUGGUAAAGGGGACACCCGGGCACAGGGCCUGUGCUUUCGUUGCAGGCGAGGAAGUGGAGCGCGCGCUGCAGAUUCAGCGCGGGGCUAGAGGAGGACCUGGAUCCCUGAACCCCGGGGCGGAAAGGGAGCCUCCGGGCGGCUGUGGGUGCCGCGCUCCUCGGAGCCAGCAGCUGCUGGGGCGGCGUCCGAACUCCCCAGGUCUGCGCACGGCAAUGGGGGCACCGGGCCUUCUGUCUGUCCUCAGAAUACGUAGGAUACCCGCGGGCGACAAGCCCGGCCAGGCUAGGAGCCUCCUUCCCUGCCCCUCCCCAUCGGCCGCGGGAGGCUUUCUUGGGGCGUCCCCACGACCACCCCCUUCUCACCCGGUCCCCAGUUUGGAAAAAGGCGCAAGAAGCGGGCUUUUCAGGGACCCCGGGGAGAACACGAGGGCUCCGACGCGGGAGAAGGAUUGAAGCGUGCAGAGGCGCCCCAAAUUGCGACAAUUUACUGGGAUCCUUUUGUGGGGAAAGGAGGCUUAGAGGCUCAAGCUAUAGGCUGUCCUAGAGCAACUAGGCGAGAACCUGGCCCCAAACUCCCUCCUUACGCCCUGGCACAGGUUCCCGGCGCCUGGUGUUCCCAAGGGAGCCCCCUGAGCCUACCGCCCUUGCAGGGGGUCGUGCUGCGGCUUCUGGGUCGUAAACGCCGAGGGCGGGGGUGGCGGAGCUGUAGAGGCUGCCUGCGCAGAAAGCUCCAGGAUCCCAAAAUGUGCUUGCGUGGAGCAGGGAGCGGAAGAGGCAGCCGGUCCUCACCCUCCUCUCCCGCCACGCACAUAUCCUUCUUGACUUCGAAGUGGUUUGCAAUCCGAAAGUGAGACCUUGAGUCCUCAGAUGGCCGGCAACGCGCCAGAGGUCACGCUCCCCAGAAACACCCCUCUCCCCUCCCCUACCCCAGCUCCCCCUGGGGCGGGUGGUAACUGGGGGAGGAGAGGCCGCAGGCAGGGAAGGGGUGGGAAAGCCAGAGAGGGCGGCACAAAGUGAUGGCAGCCCGGCAAACACUGGGGCUUCGGGCUGGGCCGCGCUCGUUUAAUCCCACAAAAAUCCCAUUUUGGAGGUGAGAAAUAGAGGUUAGAGAUCGGGCCCUUCUGGAGAUCAGACCGAGGAGACGGGCCCAGCUGUCGUCUUAAAGCAAGGAGGGGGAGUCGGGAGGAGGUGAGACCCCUGCACCCAGGUGGGGCUCCCAAACCGUUCUGGAUUUUCCACACUCCCAGGUCCGAUUUUCCAUGGAGGGCUGGGGUUAGGGACUGGUACCUUCCUGUUGUUAACCGCAUUUGAUAUUCACAAGAACCCUGUGAGGAGACUUUGUCACCGUUUUUAGAUGCCUGAGGUUGCCGGAGGGGCAGUGAGAGAAUCGUCUAACCUGCUGUUCCUACCACAGUCCAGGCCCUGUGUCCUGGGCUGGACCCACAGUCCCUGCCACCACCCAGAGGAAGGCGCGAGCCUGGCUGCCUCCUUUACAGGUCUCCGUUAGGUGCCCUCAUGAAGGGGGACGGCCACCUCACAGUGCAGGAACUAUCUCCCCGUUUGCUCCCAAAUAGUCUUCUUGGUGUGGUGCUGUUUAUGGUCUGUGACCUGCAUCUGGGGUUACCCCCAGGACCAGCUUCGGAAGAGGAGGGAUCACUUGGAGGCAGUGCAGUGUGAGGAACGGCAGGCAGGGUGUGGGACCAACAUGCACACACUCGCAGGUGCUGGGAGCAGGGAGGAAUGAGGCGCUGGCUCCCUUUCCCUCCAUUUCUCCCUGGGGGGUCCCAGCAACCUGGCCAUCCCUGACUUCCAAAAGCACAGCGUCCCCACAGGUCCUCCAGUGCUCUGCAGGGGUGCAGGGAGCUCCCCUCCCCCCAGCCGCAACCUCGCCUUCCUCACCCCCACCCCACCCCCACCCCUCCGGCAGGAAACCACAGGCUGGGUUGGGAACCCCUGGUGCUCCAAGAGAGCAGUGAGUGCUGGGAGCCGCUAACCCCGAGGCGCCUAGCACAGACUCUUCUCACCCCUUAUUUUUGAAAUAAAGCCCUUCCUUAGGUCCAGAUAAGGGCCGCGUGCUCAGUGCCUCACUUUCGUGGGAGUGUAUAUCACUUUACAGUAUCAAGACAAUUUUCUUUCGUUACAAAUCUUUAUUUAGUCUCUGCGUUUAGACCAAAGUAGAUUUUUAUGGGCUGAGUGAAAAAACCUCGCCCGCAUUGGUUUCUAAUGGAACAGCUGGCAGCGCCACCGCCCCCGGGUGGGGUGGCCUAGAGGCAGGGGUGCUUGGGAGGAACAUCUAGCACCCGACCACCUCCACCAGGUGGGAAAGGGACGUUUGCACCCAAUCUCCGCCGGCAAAGCAGAGGCUUUGGGGAAUUACAGAAAAACUAUAAUGAUCUAAAAGAGAACAAGUUAUCUUGAACUAUGCGGGUAUUUGAAUCAUACAGAAAAUUGUCCUGUGUGCCCAAUGCACUUUUGCAUGUAGAGCCAGGGCCUUCGAGGAAGCUUUCAGGAGAUCCCGGGCAGCGGAGUCUGGUCUGGAGUUUCAUUUCCGUAGGUGCAGAUUUCUCCCCAAGCCUUCCCGCCAUGGGCUUUGCAAGAAGCCAGGGCCCAGAGGCCACGCUCACCGUUAACACUGCACAGGGCAAAGAUGGCUCCAGGACAACUGCCCAACCCCAGGAACGACCCAGCAGCAGAGAAAAGGACAGCUGCCAGGUUGUAAAUGCUGCCGCCACGAGGCCUGGGAGGAAGGACCCGCUGGUGAGAGCACAGGGAGUGCUGCUGUGAUCACGGUGGUGAUGCGGGGUUUUUAGUUGCCGAAUAGGGAAGGGUUUGCGAAGCCGCUGCCCUGGGCCGAGGUGCAUUUUACGCUUCCAGAGGUCGAGGCCUCCAGAGACCGCGAUGCCCAGGGCGUUCCCGGGGAGGCUGAGAGACCCAGGGUGCUCUGGGUGACUGCACGGCGACUCCUCGGGAACCCACUCGUGGCUGCCCGCUUGGAAGGGCUUUGCGGCUCCGGGAACGAUCUCCAGGAUCUCCACGGCUGGUCAGGUUCCCUGUCCCUCGUAUCCCGCGCUGCCCGGGGGCUCCUGCCUUUGGUUCAGUGCUCGCGGCACCACCGCACUCAGGACGGCAGUGGGGGGCUGGGGCUGGGGCUGGGCCUGGCCCGCAGUUCCUGGGGUGGGGAGCGGGCAUCGUGGGUUGGGGCGGGGGACGCGCCAGCAGCGCCCGCAGCUCGCCCCGCAGGGGUCGCAGCCGGGGGUCGGGAGCUAGGCUCGUGGGCCGGGAGACGCCGGGCGCGUUGUCCUCCGGGGAGGUUGGGGUGCAGGCGGUGCACCGACCCUCGCCAUCUGGCGCUGCAGCCACCAGCCACGGCGCUUAGUGGAGGGUCUGCGGCCAGGCUUCCGGCGGAAAGAUUCCGGGGAGGGCUCGGGGGUUGUCCCAGCCCGCGCUAAGCGCCGCAGCCUCGCCCGGCUUUCCUGCUUCCUCGGACUGUGCAGGGGAAGCCUGGGGUCUCGCGGGGCGCAGCAGUCAGGUCGAGGGUGCAGCAGGAGGGGAGUCCUGACGGGCAGGUCCCUCUUUCCCCUGGUGCGCAACACUGGUUGGUAGCUUUUGCGGAGGUGGUGAAGAAGGGCAGGAGGCCUGUUGAGCGGAGGAGUCGGGGGAUCCCUAAUUAUGUGACAGGAGACCCUUUCCAGUUCGGCCUGUGGCCCAUCCCUCUCUCACCGCCGGCAGAUUGGAGUCUGCUCUCGGGGAGCCCCCAGGUUUAGGAGACGCGUGGGGACAGCCGAGCCGCGCCGGGCCCCUGGACAGCGUCGCCAAGGAGCUGGGAUCGCACUUGCUGCAGGUUCCACCCAGCGCUUGCUCUGUGCCAGGCGCCAGGGCUGGAGCAGCAGAAAUGAUUGGGCUGCUCUGAGCUCUGAAGCAUCCGGCCGCUGCGUGUGUGCAAGGGGCGCAAGGACGGAGAGACAGCAUCAAUAAUACAAUAUUAACAGGAGCACUUGUCCAGAGCUUACUGCAAGCCACAUUCAGUUCCGGACCUUAUUGACUUCCCCCUCCCAUCUAGAGUGGAUUCUGGUUUUUUUAUUUGUUUUGUUUUGUUUUUUGUUUGUUUGUUUGUUUUUGAGACGGAGUCUCACUCUGUGGCCCAGGCUAGAGUGCAAUGGCGCGAUCUCGGCUCACUCCAACCUCCGCCUCCCGGGUUCAAGCGAUUCUCCCGCUUCAGCCUCCCGAGUAGCCAGGAUUGCAGGCACCCGCCAUCAUGCCUGGCUAAUUUUUGUAGAGACAGGGUUUCACCCAGGCUGGUCUCGAUCUCCUGACCUCCGAUGAUCCGCCCACCUCAGCCUUCCAAAGUGUUGGGAUUACAGGCGUGAGCCAACGCGUCCUGCCUUGGUUCUGUUUUUAACUCCAUUUUUUAGAGGAGGAAAUUGAGGCACAGAGAGGUUAAAUAACAUGUCUAAGGUCACACAGCAAGGGGUGGCGCGGAGUUAGCCCACUGGCCUAGCUCUAGAGCCCACCCGGAUAACCAGAACUUGGUGAGGCCUCCGGGCUCUUGCUUGGUUUGGAGCCAGGUGCUUAGCGCCCCGAGCCCGGGGCCAUUCACCCUGCAGGAGCUGCACGCGCCCCUGACCUCGGCUUUUCCCUGGCAGCAGAGGGGCUUUGCGGGUCGGCCGGGUAGCCCUGAGCACAGCUCGCCACUUCCAGGUGGGCUGUUGGCGCUGGCUGGGGACACAUCCCGAUCUUUCAAAUGCCCUUUACAGAGCCUCAUCAACGACCCGAUUCAUUCCCCCCUCCUGUCAUUUGUCUCUGCCAUCGAAAAAUGCCUACCGAGAGCUGCUCUGCAUUUCCGCCCUCUAUUUUGUGUUUUACUUUAAAAUAAUAAUUAAAAAAAAUGUUGGCUGCAGGACGCCAUGACUUAGGUCAGCGAGUCAGCCGCUAGCUCUGCAUUUCCAAAAAGCAGAUCUUUUCACAAGUCUCUUGCCCCAAGUGCCCUGGUGUGGUUUAUUUUUUAAAAUGCAUGCCUGCGGAAGAGAAGACCCGGGGAAUAUUCGAAACCCCGAGCUUUUACAACAUAAAGCGCAUGGUGUGGCCGCGGCGGGUAAUGGCGCUCUGGGAGCCCUGCCCAGGCGGCCUCUGCUCGCCCUCCUCCACUUCCAGCUCCGAGCUGGGUGUGUUGCAAGUUUCAUACUCCUACAUAUUAUAAGUGACACUAAUAUCAGGGACAACUAAGUGCUGGGGAACUUCAAUGAAAACCUGGCUGGUAAAGUCAACACCCCCAGACUUCUCUAUGCUACAUUUCUUUAAUUAAUUCCGGAGUGGUGUGUGGACGGGCGUCUUUGCAGUUAUUAUACAUACUUUGGAUGGAUUUGUUUUUGUGGUAGCAUCUGAUGGCAAAAUCAUGUAUAUAUCCGAGACCGCUUCUGUCCAUUUAGGCUUGUCCCAGGUGGAGCUCACGGGCAACAGUAUUUAUGAAUACAUCCAUCCUUCCGACCACGAUGAGAUGACCGCUGUCCUCACGGCCCACCAGCCGCUGCACCACCACCUGCUCCAAGAGUAUGAGAUAGAGAGGUCGUUCUUUCUUCGAAUGAAAUGUGUCUUGGCGAAAAGGAACGCGGGCCUGACCUGCAGCGGAUACAAGGUCAUCCACUGCAGUGGCUACUUGAAGAUCAGGCAGUAUAUGCUGGACAUGUCCCUGUACGACUCCUGCUACCAGAUUGUGGGGCUGGUGGCCGUGGGCCAGUCGCUGCCACCCAGUGCCAUCACCGAGAUCAAGCUGUACAGUAACAUGUUCAUGUUCAGGGCCAGCCUCGACCUGAAGCUGAUAUUCCUGGAUUCCAGGGUGACCGAGGUGACGGGGUACGAGCCGCAGGACCUGAUCGAGAAGACCCUAUACCAUCACGUGCACGGCUGCGACGUGUUCCACCUCCGCUACGCACACCACCUCCUGUUGGUGAAGGGCCAGGUCACCACCAAGUACUACCGGCUGCUGUCCAAGCGGGGCGGCUGGGUGUGGGUGCAGAGCUACGCCACCGUGGUGCACAACAGCCGCUCGUCCCGGCCCCACUGCAUCGUGAGUGUCAAUUAUGUACUCACGGAGAUUGAAUACAAGGAACUUCAGCUGUCCCUGGAGCAGGUGUCCACUGCCAAGUCCCAGGACUCCUGGAGGACCGCCUUGUCUACCUCACAAGAAACUAGGAAAUUAGUGAAACCCAAAAAUACCAAGAUGAAGACAAAGCUGAGAACAAACCCUUACCCCCCACAGCAAUACAGCUCGUUCCAAAUGGACAAACUGGAAUGCGGCCAGCUCGGAAACUGGAGAGCCAGUCCUCCUGCAAGCGCUGCUGCUCCUCCAGAACCGCAGCUCCACUCAGAAAGCAGUGACCUUCUGUACACGCCAUCCUACAGCCUGCCCUUCUCCUACCAUUACGGACACUUCCCUCUGGACUCUCACGUCUUCAGCAGCAAAAAGCCAAUGUUGCCGGCCAAGUUCGGGCAGCCCCAAGGAUCCCCUUGUGAGGUGGCACGCUUUUUCCUGAGCACACUGCCAGCCAGCGGUGAAUGCCAGUGGCAUUAUGCCAACCCCCUAGUGCCUAGCAGCUCGUCUCCAGCUAAAAAUCCUCCGGAGCCACCGGCAAACACUGCUAGGCACAGCCUGGUGCCAAGCUACGAAGCGCCCGCCGCCGCCGUGCGCAGGUUCGGCGAGGACACCGCGCCCCCGAGUUUCCCGAGCUGCGGCCACUACCGCGAGGAGCCCGCGCUGGGCCCGGCCAAAGCCGCCCGCCAGGCCGCCCGGGACGGGGCGCGGCUGGCGCUGGCCCGCGCGGCACCCGAGUGCUGCGCGCCCCCGACCCCCGAGGCCCCGGGCGCGCCGGCGCAGCUGCCCUUCGUGCUGCUCAACUACCACCGCGUGCUGGCCCGGCGCGGACCGCUGGGGGGCGCCGCACCCGCCGCCUCCGGCCUGGCCUGCGCUCCCGGCGGCCCCGAGGCGGCGACCGGCGCGCUGCGGCUCCGGCACCCGAGCCCCGCCGCCACCUCCCCGCCCGGCGCGCCCCUGCCGCACUACCUGGGCGCCUCGGUCAUCAUCACCAACGGGAGGUGACCCGCUGGCCGCCCGCGCCAGGAGCCUGGACCCGGCCUCCCGGGGCUGCGGCGCCACCGAGCCCGGCAAAUGCGCACGACCUACAUUAAUUUAUGCAGAGACAGCUGUUUGAAUGGGACCCCGCCGCCGACUUGCGGAUUUCCACCGCGGAGGCCGCGCGCGCCGGUGCCGAGGGCCGAGGAGCGCCCGGGUCCGGGCAGGUGACCGCCCGCCUCUGUCCUGCGAGGGCCGGUGCGACCCAGUUGCUGGGGGCUUGGUUUCCUCACCUUGAAAUCGGGCUUCACGCGUCUUGCCUUGUCCCCAACGUUCCACAACAGUCCCGCUGGGGGAUUGAAGCGGUUUCACUCGGCAAAUAUCCUCCACUUUCAGGAGGGAAAACCCACCCUGCCACAGUCCGCUCUUCCAAGUGGAUGGCAGACCUGGGAGGGGACGCCUGUGUCACGAGCCCUUUUAGAUGCUUAGGUGAAGGCAGAAGUGAUGAUUGUAAGUCCCAUGAAUACGCAACUCCACUGUCUUUAAAAGUCA